AUGGAAGAGCAGGUAGCGAAUGCAAUCGAAAUUGCCUCGAAUCCGUCCUCAGAGCCAGCCCUCAAGGCUCAAGCCUUCGACUUCGUCAACCAGCUUCGCUCUGAUCCUUCGGGGUGGCAGGUCUGCCUCUCCCUAUUCACCCAGACUCCCCAGCGCUCGGGGAUUGUAAGGCAUGUGGCUCUGGAAGUCGUCAAUGGUGCCGCACAGGGCGGUCUGAUUGACCUGCAGGCUCUAGCCUUCGUCAAGGAUGGCUUGCUGGCGUAUCUCCGCCAGGUGUAUGGACAAGACGCCGGUGCAUCCGACCCUCCCAACAUCCAGAAUAAAAUCGCUCAGACCGUCACUUUCCUCUUCUCCGCCCUCUAUGCCAACGGGUGGGAAACCUUCUUCGACGAUCUGCUCAGCCUGACGUACAAGAGCCCUUCGAGCACGGCACGCGACAAUGCCUCCGGGAUCAUCUUCUACCUUCGAGUCAUCAAUUCGAUCCACGAUGAGAUCGGCGAUGUUCUCGUCUCGCGAUCCCGCAACGAACAGGACAAGGCGAACUCCCUCAAAGACCUGAUUCGUCAGAGAGACAUGCAGCAGAUCACCAGCUCGUGGCAACAGAUACUGUCGGAAUGGCGGGAUGGAAACGAUGUGAUCGUGGAGAUGUGCUUGAAGGCUGUCGGCAGCUGGGUCAGCUGGAUUGAUAUCGGUCUCGUUGUCAAUCAGACGAUGCUGGAUCUCUUGUUCCAGCAAUUGGGCCGGGCGCAGAAAGCGGACCUGAGACAGGGUGAGGAGAAGGUGCGGGAUGCGGCGGUCGACGUUUUCACAGAGAUCAUCGGCAAGAAAAUGAAGGCAGAGGACAAGAUUGACAUGAUAAUCUUUCUGAAUCUCGAUACCAUUGUUUCCCAACUCUCGAAUAGCCCCCCUCUCCACGCGAAUAGGUUCACCUUCAAGUACGACACCGAUCUGGCGGAAACCGUUGCCAAGCUAGUCAAUAUCACCGUUAUUGACAUUGUCCGGGCGUUAGAACAGGAAGGUGUGUCGGCGGAGUGCAAAGAGAAAGCCAAUGGGUUGCUGCAGGUUUUCCUGCCGCACAUCCUCAGGUUUUUCUCGGAUGAGUACGACGAGGUUUGCUCGACCGUCAUCCCCUGUGUCAGCGAUCUCUUGACCUACCUGAGGAAAAUCGCGAAAAUCAACCCCGCUCUUGCCGCUCAGCAUUCUUCCAUUCUUCUUCCGAUCCUCAAGGCCAUCAUUGCGAAGAUGCGUUACGACGACACCUCCUCGUGGGGCGAUGAGGACGAUCAAACAGACGAGGCGGAAUUCCAGGAGCUCCGCAAAAGACUCGGUGUCCUUCAGCAGAUUGUUGCCUCGGUAAACGAACAGCUCUAUAUGGAGGCUGUCUCGGAGGUAGUAGGAACCACUUUUGAGAACCUGCGACAGUCGGGAGCCCAGUUGGAUUGGCGUGACCUGGACCUUGCGUUGCACGAAAUGUUCUUGUUCGGCGAUCUUGCGGUCAAGGCGGGAAGCUUGUACACCAAGGGUAGCCCCAACAAUCAGGCCGCGGAACGGCUCAUCGAGAUGAUGUUGAGAAUGGUGGAAUCCGACAUCAGAUCAUUCACCCAUCCCGCAACACAGCUACAGUACAUGGAGAUCUGCGUGCGCUAUAGCUCGUUCUUCCACCACCACACCCAUCUGAUCCCAGGCGUUCUAGAGAGCUUCCUCCAACUCGUCCAUCACCCCGUCAAGAAGGUUAAGACACGGUCUUGGUACCUGUUCCAGCGCCUGGUCAAGCAACUCAGACAAUACAUUGGAAAUGUCGCACAGACUGUCGUUGAAGCACUGGGCGAUCUCCUGGUGAUCCAGGCAGAGGUUUCCCCCGAGGGAUCGGAUGGUGACGAGAUGUCUUCGGAAGACCACGAGGGAUCUGCUGAUGCCGUCUUCAACAGCCAGCUGUAUCUAUUCGAAGCCGUCGGUAUCAUUUGUUCGACGCCGACAGUGCCCGCCGACAAGCAGGUUCUUUACGCACAGUCGGUGCUCAAUCCUAUAUUCCUCGACAUGGAGAAGAAUCUAGAAGCGGCUAAAUCUCAUGAUGAGCGAGCCCUUUUGCAAAUCCAUCACGAUAUCAUGGCGCUGGGCACUCUUGCAAGAGGAUUCUCGGAUUGGAUGCCAGGCACAAACACUCCCGCCACGCUCCCCGCGCCCGAGGUUUCGGAAGCAUUCAACCAGGUGUCUGAGGCCACACUGGUUGCGCUCGAAUCUCUCAAGACCUCCUUCAAUGUCCGAACAGCCGCGCGAUUCGCCUUCUCAAGGCUCAUCGGUGUCCUCGGCUCGCGGAUUUUGCCGCAGCUGCCAAGAUGGAUUGACGGCCUUCUUACCCAGACUUCCUCGCGCGACGAGAUGGCCUUAUUCCUGCGCCUGCUGGAUCAGGUCAUCUUCGGCUUCAAGGGCGAAAUCUAUUCCAUCCUCGACACAUUGCUGACGCCGUUCCUGCAGCGAGUGUUCUCGGGGAUUGCAGAUCCCACCACUGGCACGGAUGAUGAGAUUCGAUUGGCCGAGUUGAAACGGGAGUAUCUAAACUUCCUCCUGGCUGUCUUGAACAAUGACUUGGGAGCUGUCAUUAUUAGUGAAAGAAACCAACCGAUCUUCGAGACGGUUAUAUCUACCAUCGAGCAUUUCUCCAAGGAUAUCGAUGACUUCACGACAGCCAAGAUGGCCUUUUCCGUUCUUUCCAAGAUGGGCAGUUCGUGGGGAGGUCCGGACAUCGCGCCGGAUGCUACCAACGGAGUGCCUCCGCAGGCUGCGCUUCCCGGAUUCAGCCAGUUCAUGAUCUCUCGGUUCUCACCGUUGUGCUGGGCGCUGCCUACUACGCCGUCUUUCAACUCCAAGGAUGCGCAAGCCAGACAGGUUCUUGCUGAAGCUGGGGGUCUGCAGCGCACCAUCUACUCGAAAACAGGCAUGGAGUAUAUUGCGUACCUCCGUGAUCGUGAAUUGCCCGGCAUGGGCAUGGGGGGUGAAUUGAUUGAAGAGUUUUUGGGUGCUUUGAGCCGGCUGGACUUGAAGGGGUUCCGGCAAUUCUUUCCGUCUUUUAUCCAGCGAUUGAGCGCAUGA